AUGCCCAUUAAAAAAUACCCCAGGACUACAGAGCCUCUCUGGCGUGAAUGGGACAGGAAAGCACAGAAAUGUGGAUUAAGACACACAAUCUAUGCUGUAAAUGGGGAUCAGUACACUGGAGAAUGGCUGGACAACUUGAAACAUGGUAAAGGCACCCAGAUAUGGAAAGCCACUGGAGCUGUUUAUAGUGGUGACUGGAAAUUUGGGAAGCGGGAUGGUUAUGGCUCCUACAGCAUUCCUGACCCCAUAACCAAGGAAUACAGGAAGGUGUAUACAGGCUGGUGGGAAAACGACAAAAGAUGUGGCCCUGGGAUGAUGUUAUUCCCCAACGGGGAGCGCUACGAGGGCGACUGGAGCGGUGGGCUGCGGAGUGGCUGGGGAAGGAUGUACUACCAGGACAAAUCCAUCUAUGAGGGACAGUGGCUGAAGGACAAGCCCCAUGGGCAAGGGAGGCUGCGGCUGUCAAAUAAAAAUUGGUAUGAAGGAGGCUGGAAAGAUGGAAAGAAGCACGGCCCAGGGAAAUAUUUCUACUUCAAUAAGGGGCAGUUGUUCGAAGGUGUCUGGGCAGCUGAUAUACCAAAAUGUGGAAUUAUGAUUGACUUUGGCAGAAAUGAAGCUCCAGCCCCUACUCAGUAUCCAAUCCCAAAGAUUGAACUGGUGGAUCCAGAUGGUGUUUUAGCAGAGGCCCAGGCUAUGUUUGAUGACAACCAAAGUGAAGAACCGGAUGCUGAGGACAAAAAAAAAGAUGUGAGAUAA